GCAGGAACAACCAGAAUGCGCCAAAGGAAGUGACAUCCACGCCUACCGGAGGAAUCAUUGAGGAGAGUUCCAUGAAGCGUACUUCAAUGAGAAACUACAAGAGCUGAAGAGCUUCAGCUUCAAGGAAUGGAGAAAACACAAGACUCGGUGCCAUCAUAUCACAUCCAUUAUCCAUUUUUAUGGUCGAAGAUUACCAUGGCGCAACAUGACAGAGAACCCCACGCGUAUCUGGAAGAGCCAAAGGGGUAUAAUAUAGACUUGCUGGACGAAUCUCUCACCCGGGUCCAGACACAGUUUCUGUGUCGGAACCCGGAAGAGAGAUUUCUUGUUGCGGUUCUUCUUCCCGCCGAAGAAUUCAUUGCGUUAAUUCUUUCUUUCAAUGUGUUUUUGGAAUUGUUGUUGAAUUGAAAUGGGAAAACGUUAAAUUCCAGCUCCCGGAAAAACCGCCCAAAAGCCAUGAUAAAAUUCCUUUAGCUC